AUGUUUCAAAAUAAAAUAGAGUAAUCAAAAACAGCAUUCUUUUGGGAUGUAUUCAAAUGAUUUCAAACUUAGAUUUUAUUAGGCACUUAUUCGCCUUAACUACCACAUCCUUCAUUGAAUGAAAUAAAUAAAACAUCAGUUGACCAACCACAAUAUCGAACUUUAAAAAUGGAUAUCCCAAGGACUCGUUCUCAAUUACUUUAACCUCAAAUGCAUAUCAUUCUUGAAAAAAUAAUUAUAUUCUUUUGUUAAUAGGAAAAUAUAAGUUACAAAUAAGGGAUGAAUGAAAUAUUUGCUGUUGUAGCAGUCUUUAAUGAAAGUGGACUUUCAUGGGAAAAAGUAUAUGAAUAUUCUCGUAAAAUUAUUCUUGAUAACAAUUUCUUUAAAGAUGAAGAGUUCUUAUCAUUACAAGUGGCUUUUUAAUGGAUAAAUUUGUUACUUAAAUUUCAUGACUUCUAAUUAUAUGAUUAUUUGGAUAAAAAUUUACUUUCACCAGAACUAUAUGCAACACCUUGGUUAUUGACUCUAUUUGCAAAUAAAAUGUCUUUAGAAUGCACUUAUCUAUUUUGGGAAAUGCUUUAUAUUAAAAAAGAUUAAUUAAUGAUAUACUUUUUUGUGAUUGCUGUUCUCAUUUACUUUAGAUAGAAAUUACUAUCAAUUGAUUCUUCAUUAUUACCAUAAACUUUAAGUGGUAUUUAUAUAGAUAAUGCUGAAAUAGUUAAGAAUAUUUAUAAAAAGUAAAUAUUAUAAUUAUAAAUAGAGCAGUUGAUUUAAAACUAAAUACUCCAUCUUCUGCAUGUAUACCUUCAAAAAUAUUUGAUUUACCAAAAGAUGAAAUAAUAAUACUUAUGAAUUAUUAUUAACAACUUGAUUGUUUGACUCUUAAUUACACAGAAUCUCUUAAACUUGAGACUAAUUUAUGUCGAUUAUGUUCGAAUAAUGGAUGUGUUUAAUGUAGAGUUAUACGAAUGCCUCCUGAAAUGAAAUGCUUCAUCUAGACAAACAAACAUUUACAAGAAUUAGUUCAAUAUAUUGGAGGACCUAUUAAAUAAUAUAAGGUUGUAGAUAAAGUCUAAAAUUUAUAAAAUUAAAUUUAGAUAAUUAAAUAUUCUAAGUUUUAAUCUGAAUAAUAAAUUCAACAGAGUUAUAUUUGUUUUUAAUAAUAAUAAUAAUAGUAUUAAAAUACUGAAGAGGAUACUAUAAGUACAAGAUCUUAGAAUAGUUUUUAUAACUCUUAAAUUAUAGUUCCAUUUAAGUUCAAUAAAUUAUAAUUGUAAUAAUAAUUAUAAAAGUAACCAGAUGAUUAAUUUGAUUCUAUUCGAUCUUAAGACCAAUCAAACAUAUAAUAAUCUUCAUCAUAUAGAUAAUCAUCUAUUAUUGAAUCCAACAUUUUGUAAAAUAUACAUUUAAAUAAUACUUCACAAUUUGAAAUCUAACCACUUAUUCUAAAAAAAGAUUCAAGAACUAAUUCUUUAAAAUAAGAUCCAAUAAAAAGAUAUGAAAAUAAAGGAUUGUUUAAGAAAUUGAAUUUAGAAAUAAAUUAACUUUAUAAUAUCAAGUUUAAUAUUUUUAGAUGUAAAAUAAUUGGAACUUAAAAAUAAAGAAUACUUAUUAUAAAUUAAGGAUUCAUAUGUUUAAUAAAAGAAGAUAAAUCAAAUUAUUCGAAAUUAUAAGGAAUCUAAUAAUAAAAAUAAAAAUAAUCUUAAAAAACAGAAUAAUAAAGUCAAUAAAUUUCUAUUUAAUAUUUAUAUUAUAUGAUAUUUUUAAAAAGAAUCAGCAGCAAAAGAUUAAAUAGUAAUGUUAUCUCAUUUUAUUUUAAAUAACCAAUAUUAAAUGUAUAAUAUUAUAAGUAUUUUAGUCAUAGUAAAAUAUAAACCAUCAAUUUUUUAAUUUAUUUAAAGAAUUUCAUAUGAAUGUAGACAAUGAUUACAUUAAUGAAGCAAAAAAAAUGAUUAAGACAGAAUAUAAAAUAACACUUGAAAUGUUAAAUACAUAAGAAGCGUAAAAUUGUAUAGAAAUGGGUAAAUAAUAUUACAAACAAUGUUAAUUUUGA